GGGAAGCGUGUGCGACCGGCUACCUCCACUUCCAAGUUCCAAGCACACUUUAGCGCUGGGAUUCGAAUCCUCAGAGUCACUCUCGAAACCCACUCUACUCUCGUCUCAGCUUGUCCUCUCCUCCUAAAUCCAUUUUAAACCACCUAACACUCGUUUUUCUCACACAAACAGAGAAAAAUACCAACUUUCCUCCUGUUUUUUCCCUCAGACCAAACAUGGGUCUCUCUCUUUACCUCCUUUCUUUCAUCCUCGCCUUGCAUCUCAACUAUCCACAAGCUCUUUCUUCAAAUCCUGAGCUUAGAGUCCUCAUGGCCAUGAAAGCUUCACUGGAUCCUGAGAACAGAUUCCUUUCUUCUUGGACCAGUGACAAUGACCCUUGCAGUGACUCUUUUGAAGGUGUGGCUUGCAAUGAGUAUGGCCACGUUGUUAAUAUUUCUCUGCAGGGGAAGGGGCUGAUGGGUCAGAUACCAAAGGAGAUUGCUGAGCUCAAGAGCUUGUCUGGGCUUUUCUUGCAUUUCAACUCUCUGUAUGGGGAGAUACCGAAGGAAAUCUCAGCCUUGGCUGAGCUUUCUGAUUUGUACCUGAAUGUGAAUAAUCUCUCUGGGGUGAUACACCCUGGGAUUGGGAAUAUGUCUAAUCUUCAAGUUUUACAGCUCUGUUACAACAAGUUAACUGGGGGCAUACCUACACAGUUGGGGUCUCUGAAGAAGCUUAGUGUCCUAGCUCUGCAAUCUAAUGAAUUGACUGGUGCUAUUCCUGCGAGUUUGGGUGAUCUGGAGAUGUUAACUAGGUUGGAUCUGAGCUUUAAUAACCUUUUUGGUCCUAUUCCUGUAAAAUUAGCAAAUGCCCCUAUGCUAGAGAUUCUUGAUAUCAGAAACAACACCCUUUCAGGAAAUGUUCCUCAAGCUCUGAAGAGACUGAAUGAUGGAUUCCAAUACAGAAACAAUCCAAGCUUAUGUGGAGAUGGAUUUUUAGCAUUGGAUGUUUGUAGUGCAUCUGAUCAAUUAAAUCCAAACAGACCUGAACCAUUUGGGCCUAAUGGUACUGAUAAAAAUGGCCUCCCAGAGUCUGCAAAUUUGCAGCCUGAUUGCAGUAAAACUCACUGUUCAACUCCAUCAAAAACCUCACAAAUUGCUAUCGUUUGUGGAGUAAUAGGAGUGAUAGUUGCCUUGACAGUUUCUGGGCUUUUCGCAUUCUCAUGGUACCGUCGCAGAAAACAAAAGAUUGGAAGUGCUUUUGAUGCUUCUGAUAGUCGGCUUAGUACUGACCAGGUUAAGGAGGUUUACAGGAAGAGCGCCUCUCCCCUUAUCAGUCUGGAAUAUUCCCAUGGGUGGGACCCCUUAGGUCAAAGUGGAAACGGGUUCUCUCAGGAAGUUCCUGGGAGUGUUAUGUUCAACUUAGAAGAUGUGGAGUCUGCAACACAGUACUUCUCGGACUUGAAUUUGUUGGGGAAGAGUAAUUUCUCUGCAAUCUACAAGGGAAUUCUGAGAGAUGGGUCAGUUGUUGCAAUUAAAUGCAUUGCCAAGAUAAGCUGCAAGUCUGAUGAAGCUGAGUUCUUGAAGGGACUAAAGACAUUGGCCUCAUUGAAGCAUGAAAAUCUUGUUAGGUUGAGAGGUUUUUGCUGCUCCAAGGGCAGGGGAGAGUGUUUUCUCAUCUAUGAUUUUGUUCCCAAUGGAAACCUGUUGCAGUAUCUUGAUGUGACCGAUAACAGUGGGAAGGUUCUUGAAUGGUCCACCAGAAUUUCUAUCAUCAAUGGCAUUGCCAAAGGUAUCGGGUAUUUACAUGGGAAGAAAGGAAACAAAUGUGCUCUAGUUCACCAAAAUAUAUCAGCUGAGAAAGUGCUCAUUGACCAACAUUACAAUCCCUUGCUCUCUGAUUCCGGCCUGCACAAACUCCUUGCAGAUGACAUUGUAUUCUCUACUCUGAAAGCCACUGCAGCCAUGGGAUACCUUGCUCCUGAGUACACAACCACAGGCCGGUUCACUGAAAAGAGUGAUGUGUAUGCAUUUGGAAUGAUUGUAUUUCAAAUCCUUUCUGGGAAACGAAAAAUCGCCCACUUGACCCGCAAUGGUGCUGAAUCAGGCAGAUUUGAAGAUUUUAUUGACGCCAAUCUUGCUGGUAAAUUCUCCGAGUCUGAGGCAGCUAAGCUGGGGAAAAUUGCCUUACUUUGCACUCAUGACUCUCCUAGCCACAGGCCAGCUAUUGAAAAUGUGAUGCAAGAACUGAAUGAUUUAGUUAGCCCUUCUUGAUUCCUACACAUUUCUUGCCUCAAUUUUCUCAUGACAUGAGGUAAGAUGGGUCCACAUUACUAACAACUUAACCGAUGCAAAGCUUUUGCUGACUCAUGUUCAUAUGUGCUUGUGUCCUUCCUAGAGGGCUGAAGUUGUGAAUGUUGAUGUGUUCUUUAUUGUAAUUUGUGGGCAUGGGGGGAUUUUUCCCUUGGAUUACUUGUAUUAAUUUGUAUUAAUAGAAAUUUAGCCAUGUACCAAGGUGGGAUUCCUCCAUCAGCAAGCUAAUUUAGUUGCUAUUAUUUGUAUUUCUGUAUGGUCGAUAGACCCGACAUUUGGAGAUCAUUUAUUUACCUAAGUUGGGAAUCA